AUGUCAUUGGCACCUAUCAUAUCAAACAAUGCUACAAAUGGAACAUCUACUCAGAUAGAUUUUGAUAAUCUAUACCCGGCUAUUCUACAAUGUUUUGUGAUUAUUUUAUUUGGUUACAUUGCUGGAAGAGUUGGCGUCAUCACCAGUUCACAAGGGAAAGGGAUCGGGGCAUUUGUCUCCAAAUUCUGCCUGCCAGCUCUGUUAUUCCAAAACAUGUGUCAACUAAAGUUUUCUGAAGUAAACUGGUAUUUUUUGGGAAGUAUUGUGAUUGCCAAAACCUGUGUGUUCAUUAUCGUAGCAGUGAUUACGUUGGUGGUGAAACGACCUCUAAAUUUAGGAUGUGCUGGACUCUAUGCCAUAUUCUGUACUCAAAGUAAUGAUUUUGCUUUGGGCUACCCUAUUUUACAAGCACUAUAUUCAGAAACAAACCCCAGUUAUCUACAGUAUAUCUAUCUCAUAGCACCCAUAUCACUUGUGUUCUUAAAUCCUAUUGGUUUUACAUUGAUGGAAAUCCACAACAAUCAGCACAACCAUAAACAUUCUAAUAAAGUAGUUAUUUUUCAUGUGUUCAAAGGAGUUGUCACCAAUCCUAUUGUAUUUAUGACAGCUAUUGGAAUUAUAGGAAAUGUUGUCUUUAAACAAAAAGUGCCAUAUAUUAUAGAUGAUAUUUUACAAGUAUUAGGAAAUGCAUUUAGUGCCAGCGCUUUGUUUUAUUUAGGAUUAAAUCUAGUGGGGAAAUUAAAAGGACAACUAGGUAUUGCUAUGGUUGUACCUAUCCUUUUAAUUGCUGCCAAGUCGAUAUUACUACCUUUAUUAACAUGGGAAGUUAUUGGCUGGUUAGAAACUAGUCAGAGUCUCAAUGAAAGUUCUUCAUUAGGAAUGUAUGGGUUUUUAUAUGGUACUUUUCCUACAGCCCCUUCAGUCUUCCUUUAUGCUAGUCAAUAUAAUGUUGCUCAGGAUUUGAUUGCCACCAGUAUGGUGGCAGGUACUUUUGUAUCGGCUCCUUUGAUGUUUGUAUCUGCUAAAAUGAUGACAGUUGUUGUUGAAAGUGAAUUAGAUUACAAAUCUCUAUUAUUAGAUACUUCAUUUGAUACAAGCAUACUGAGUAUUGUUUGUUGUUUAUGGGUAUUUGGCGUACUAUUUGCUAGUGGUCGAUGGAGAAGAAUUCCUCAUAGAUUUUUAUUCUGUCUCAUUAUAAUGCAGUUGUUAUCCAGUAUUGGUAUGGUUGUCUAUAGUAAAAAUCAUACUUCACUAGAAUGGCAGAACUAUGUUCAGUUUAUUUUGUUACUAUUGGGAGUGUUUGGUGUAAGAUGUUUUACUGGAGUUAUUGCUGUUGUUUUAUGUUUGUUACAUAUAAGAAGUUUGUGUUAUGUAUUAAGAGUACAAAUUUGGUUGUUUAUUUAUGGCUUUGGAUUUCCAUUGAUUUUAACUGGAUUGUUGUUUUUGAUUGGUAGAAAAGAUUUAAGUAAUGAGAUAGAUCCCUCAUUUCACUAUGGUUUCCAUCAGACUUUAUUGUCGGUGGUUGUGUUGUCAGUUAAUGUUGUCAUAGUGAUUAUAGCAUUGACUAUUAAGCAACGAAAUGACCGACUGACUGUUUCCUCAGCCCACUUGUCUUUAUCCAAAGACAAUGGUCAUGAAGAAGAAGGGGGAAAUAACUCUGGGGAAAAAUCAAGUAAAGUGAAAGAGAACAUGAAAACCAGCCCAGAUUCUGACAAGAGAGCAGGUUCAGUACAGAAAUCUUAUCAGUCAUGUAACAGCAGCACAAGUGUCCCAAAAGAACAUCCUUUGUUCGAUACCCUAAAUGAACGGACAUGUUUACUACAGGAUUGUGGUCCCACACAGCGAAGACAAUGCAUCAGUAAACUGAGAAAAUACAUGGUCAAUUCAGCUGCAUUAUCUGAUGAUCCUCAGAUUGAAGCCCCUGCUCUGUCUCAUGAAGCUGAGUUAAAUGAAUAUCAGUCUUCACAACAUUUAAUAUUGAUAUUAUUGUUACUGCUUUCAAUGUUAGUGGGUUUAUUUUUAUGUGUGUGGAAAUUAUUCAAUACAAAAGCCACUGGUAUUUAUGUUGAAAUAGAGUUUUUAGAUGGUGUGUUUAAUUAUGGACAGGGUUUCUUGAUAUUUACUGUCUUUGGUUUUGAUACAAAAUUGAUAUUUUCUAGAAUCAUGAGAAGAUUGCGAAGAUGUAUUUAUGGUGUUGAAAUUGUACAUUUACCUAAAAAAUCAGAUUUAGAUGAAGAAACUGUUAAUAUUUGUCAACAAUUUGAAGAAUAUCACAAAAAACAAUGUAGUGAAGCUAUUCUUAAAAAUUUAAGAUAUAGAUUAAGGACAUAUAGAGAUGUGUUUACUGGUACAGAUCUAUGUGACUGGUUGAUUCAAGUUGGUCUGGCUCAUACUCGACAUGAGGCUUUAGAAUAUGGCCGUCAUCUUAUAAUGGGGCGUAUUUUAGCUCAUGUAACUGGAGAACAUUUCUUCCAUGAUCAACCGUAUUUCUAUAGGUUUAUAUCAACAGAAGAUGACAAUACUCAGUGCUAA